AUGACUGUCACUUACUCCAGUAAAGUAGCAAAUGCGACUUUUUUUGGAUUUCAUAGGUUGCUCUGCAAGUGGAGAGGCAGCAUCUACAAACUGCUGUACAGGGAAUUCAUUGUUUUUGCUGUUUUUUACACAGCAAUAAGUGUGGUGUACAGAUUGUUACUUACAGGAGCCCAAAAACGUUACUUUGAAAAAUUAUCAAUUUACUGUGACAGAUAUGCUGAGCAAAUUCCAGUAACCUUUGUGCUUGGGUUUUACGUCACUCUGGUGGUGAACCGCUGGUGGAACCAGUUUGUGAACCUGCCCUGGCCGGACAGGCUGAUGUUCCUCAUCUCCAGCAGCGUCCAUGGGAGGGACGAGCAUGGGCGUCUGCUCAGGAGGACCCUGAUGCGCUACGUCAAUCUCACAUCCCUGCUCAUCUUCCGCUCCGUGAGCACCGCCGUGUACAAGCGGUUUCCGACGAUGGACCAUGUGGUGGAAGCAGGUUUUAUGACAUCAGAUGAAAGAAAAUUAUUCGACCACCUCAAAUCUCCUCAUCUGAAAUACUGGGUUCCGUUCAUCUGGUUUGGAAAUCUCGCAGCUAAAGCCCGGAAGGAAGGUAGAAUCAGAGACAGCAUUGAUCUGCAAUCACUGAUGACUGAAAUGAACCGCUACCGCUCCUGGUGCAGCCUCCUAUUCGGCUACGACUGGGUCGGGAUCCCGCUGGUCUACACCCAGGUCGUCACUCUGGCUGUCUACACCUUCUUCUUUGCAUGCCUGAUCGGACGCCAGUUUUUGGAUCCCACCAGAGGCUAUGCGGGGCACGACUUAGAUCUGUACAUUCCGGUGUUUACUCUCCUACAGUUCUUCUUCUACGCAGGGUGGCUCAAGGUAGCUGAGCAGCUCAUCAACCCUUUUGGAGAAGAUGAUGAUGAUUUUGAAACUAACUGGUGCAUUGACAGAAAUCUGCAGGUCUCUCUUCUAGCUGUGGAUGAGAUGCACAUGAGCCUACCCAAGAUGAAGAGGGACAUUUACUGGGAUGAUUCUGCUGCUCGGCCACCGUACACACUGGCAGCUGCCGACUACUGCAUACCUUCGUUUCUGGGGUCCACAAUCCAAAUGGGGUUGAACGGGUCCGACUUUCCCAGCGAGGAGUGGCUCUGGGAUUACGAGGAGCCCAGCCAUCGCCGCUCUGUGAUUAGGAGAGUCAAGCGGUUCCUGAGUGCCCACGAGCACCCCCCCAGCCCCCGGAGGAGACACUGGGGGAGGCAGGCCAGUGACAGCUCCAUGUUCCUCCCCCCCAGCGACCUCAGCCCAACCAGGGAUCUGCUAGACGUGCUCUCCGGGAGCCCCCACCGCGCCUCGGCCGCCCGGAAGAAGUCGUGCUCCCCAGAGGGGAGCCCCAAGCUGUUCUGCAGCCCAGGGGCGCUGCCCACCAUCAGAGAGACCAGCCGGACCAGCACCUCACAGAGCCUGACCCCGCAGGCCAGUGUGAGGGCCUCCCCCAGCAAGAUGCCCCCCGCCCCCGACGUCCCGCUCACAGCGCCAGGGCCCAGGGCAGAGGGCCACCACCGGGACUCCACUGCCUCCAUCCAGAGCGCCGGCUUUACCGGGCUGCAGCCAAGCGGGCCUGGGCCGCGGGAGGAGCCCCUGGGACUGAGCCUGUCCCCCUCAGAGAAGGGGACACCUCCUGCAGGCCACAGUCCCCAGACUGUCUCAGCCAAGUCUGAGAGAAACGUCCCCAGGUUGGCCUCUCAGGAAGCCCCUGAUGAGAAUGACCAGAUCCUGAAAAGGUGGAGCUUCCCGGGGAGCCUGGAGUCCGGGCGCACCUCCAUGGCGGGUCGCAGGCCAGACCCCGAGAGCCCUGAGCCGGCUCUUCUGAUUGACACGGAAACGUCCUCAGAGACCAGUGGGGUCAACGUGGCGGCUGGCCCUCAGCUGUCUCCUGACGUGCUGUAUUUAGUGGAAAACCUGGACACCAAGGAAACAGACAUCAUAGAAUUUAACAAUGAGCAGACGGAGGAAUCACCCAAAGGAAUGCCGGGAAGUUCCAGGACCUGGUUCUAG